AUGGAAAAAAAAAGGAAUGAACUUAAGGAAUUCUUCGAUUGCAGGUAUGUCUCCACAUGUGAAGGCACGUGGAGGGUUUUCAAAUUUCCCAUUCACUAUCGUUCAACUCCUGUUGAGAAGCUUAGUUUCCACCUCCCCGAUAAGCAACUGGUUACGUUCAGAGGGAAAGAUAAAUUGAAAGCAGUCGUCAGUCGCAAGCUCAUUAAAAAUACCAUGUUUUUAGCUUGGUUUGAGUUGUGUAAAAUCGACGAGCUUGCAAGAACAUUGACCUAUGCUCAGAUUCCAAACUUCUUUACUUACAACAAAAAGUCAAAGAUGUGGAAUAGAAGGAAACGAGGUUUUGCUCUAGGAAGGAUUACUUAUGCUCCUAGAUCGCAGGAAGAUGCAUAUUUCUUGCGUGUAUUGUUGAAUGUUGUCAAAGGACCCACCAGUUAUGAGGACAUUAAGACUUAUGAGAAUGUUCUGUAUCCGAGCUACAAAGCAGCAUGUUAUGCUCGUGGGUUAUUAGAUGAUGAUCAGGAGUACAUUGAUGACAUUAUAAGAAGAAGUUUUGAAAGCACAGCAAGUGAGCUAAGGAAAGUGUUCGUUAUGAUGCUUAUGAGUAACACUUUAUCGAAACCAGAGACUGUAUGGGAAAGCACUUGGCAGUUUUUAUCUGAAGAUAUAGAGUAUAACAGGAGAAGAGACUUAAAUAGACCAGGUUUAUUGCUGAGUGAUGAUGAUAAAAAGAAGUAUGCUUUGCUCGAGAUAGAGAAAGUUUUGAAGCGUAAUGGUACUUCUUUAACAAGAUUCACAACUAUGCCGAAAUUGCCAGUCUUAAGCAGUCACGAUGAUAAUGUCUUGGUGUCAGACGAGCGCAGCUAUUGCCGUUCAUCUUUGUUAGAAACUCUGGAUAGAGAUAUUUCAAAGAUGACCUGCGAGCAAAGGAACAUAUAUGACCAGAUUCUUUCGGCAGUUAAUAAAAGAGAUGGUGGAAUGUUUUUUGUUAGCGGUUUUGGUGGGACUGGAAAAACAUUCCUCUGGAAAUUGCUUUCUGCAGCUAUCAGAUCCCGGGGAGAUAUUGUCCUAAACGUUGCUUCCAGUGGCAUUGCAUCGUUGUUGUUGCAAGGGGGUCGGACAGCUCAUUCCAGAUUCGGUAUUCCCCUUAAUCCAGACGAGUUUUCAUCAUGCACUAUGAAGCCUGGAUCUGAUCAAGCAAAUUUAGUGAAAGCAUCUUCACUUAUUAUAUGGGAUGAAGCGCCUAUGAUGAGCAAGCAUUGUUUUGAAGCUUUGGAUAGAAGUUUAUCUGAUAUUGUGGGGAAGCACGACACACAGCCCUUUGGUGGAAAGGUUAUUGUUUUUGGUGGUGAUUUUAGACAGGUGUUGCCUGUUAUAAAUGGAGCUGGCCGAGCUGAAAUUGUGAUGGCCUCACUCAACUCAUCGUAUCUUUGGGAGCACUGCCAAGUGCUCAAGCUCACCAAGAAUAUGAGAUUGCUAUCAGCCGGAUUGUCAAUAGAAGAGUCAAGGGAUCUACAGGAAUUUUCAGAGUGGAUAUUAAAGGUCGGUGAUGGAAAAAUUUCUGAGCCUAAUGAUGGUGAGGCAGAGAUUGAAAUCCCCUCUGAGUUUUUGAUUACGGAAUCUAAUGAUCCUAUACAAGCAAUCAGCGAGGAGAUAUAUGGAGAUUCAAAUUCAUUGCAUGAACACAAAGACCCCAAGUUUUUUCAGGAGAGAGCUAUCCUAUGUCCAACUAACGAGGAUGUUAACAGAGUAAAUGAGUAUAUGCUCGAUCAGUUAGAUGGUGAGGAGAAAAUUUAUAACAGUGCCGAUAGCAUUGAUCCCACUGAUACAAGUUCUGUUAACAACGAAGCUCUAAGUCCUGAUUUCCUGAAUACGAUUAAGGUUUCUGGUUUACCAAAUCAUUCUCUUAGACUAAAGGUAGGUUGUCCGGUUAUGAUUCUGAGAAACAUAGCGCCUUCUGAUGGCUUGAUGAAUGGGACGAGGCUGCAGAUCACUCAGCUAAUGGAUUUCAUGGUUACAGCAAAGAUUUUAACAGGGGAACGAGUUGGUGAAACAGUUGAUAUCCCUAGAUUGUUGAUAACUCCAUCAGACACCAGAUUGCCUUUCAAAAUGCGCAGAAGGCAACUACCUCUAGCUGUGGCUUUUGCAAUAACAAUCAACAAAAGCCAAGGGCAGUCACUAUCUAAAGUUGGUCUUUAUCUACCAAGACCUGUCUUUUCUCAUGGUCAGCUAUAUGUUGCUGUAUCUAGAGUCACUUCGAAAAAAGGUUUAAAAAUUUUGAUACUUGAUGAAAAUGGCAAACCUCAGAAAAAAACUAUGAAUGUAGUUUUCAAACAAGUUUUCAACAACCUUUAA